CCAGGAUACAUUGAUACGACAUGCAGGCAACGGAAAUUUCAGAACUCAGCGACGCUCGUUCGAAGCACCGCCGCCUGCGCACACCUCGACCAUGACCACCGUCGUGAUCGGUACAAGCAUUUCGCUAGGUGCACAUCGUUCGUCACUGCGACCGUCUUGCAUCGGCCAGGACGCAAGCCUGCUCACGUCGAGGAUUUUUCUACCUAACUCUCCACAACUCCAACUGCGCGUCGUGUUGUGAAAUCCACGACAGCUACGACUUAUACCUUUCGUGUUGCACACGGCGGCAAUGCGUGCCAACUGUGUCAAGACCGCCCAUCGGCCUCGCGACGUCGCACAUCUUCGUGACGUACAUCGCGUUGGACAAAGCCGAUUUGGUUGCAAACCAUGCUCGUCAUCGACGAGGAGUCCGCAAACUCAAUUACCUCGAGCGCAUAUUGCGCUGCUGAAAGCGCCGCCAUACCAUGUCUCGGACAUCGCACAGUUUUUUUUUUGUGUGGAAGCCUUGGCAAUCAUGAAGGCUCGCCAAGACACGUUGGUUGAACUGCGGGAAGUGCUGAACGAAAGGAGAAAGCGACGGGCGAUGCAAACCGCGCACCUUGUCGAAGCCACUUACAAAAUCGCUCUACAGGACGCUAAUCACAAUGACGCCUCAAAACGGCGAAGCGUCUCCGCACAUGCUGUUGAGCACUCGCUGCCAGCGCCAAUACGUUCCCUGACACCCGUGCUACCCACGUGAAAGCGACCGUCAAAUGCGCACAUUCCUUGCCUAUUUAAUGCAUUUACCAUCCAUCUA